AUGCAGACUUCGCGCCAGCCUGGGAUGCCCUUCUACAGCUCUUCAGUCCCGGAAAGCAUCCGCCGGGCCCCUCCGACCCCCAGCCUUCUGCUGCGUCUCCCGCUCCGCCUUUGGAUUCGGAUCCUCCUCCUCCUCGACUACAAGACGCUCAUGAACGUACGAAGGGUGUGCAAGAGGCUGAAGACGGCUCUCAAGGCCUCCGCGUUCGACCUGCUCCUUUUCCGCCUCCCGCCGCCCUUGCCACUCAGGAAGAUCCGCACCUAUCAGCUUCAUCCAAUGCUGCAAGCCGUCGACUGCGCGACAGUCACGCACGACAAGGCGCGGAUCAGGACGAGCGGCGGCGGCUACUUGAACGGGUACCGCUAUCCCGCCUCGAACGAGUUCGCCAGUUCGCCCGCUUGUGUCAGGAUGGUCGUCUACCUGAACGAGGCGAGGGUUGGCAUCAUCGAGAACGAAAGAGGCGUCACGGUCAAGGAGGUCCUCCUCGCCUGCUCACGGUAUUGGCGCAAACCCGUCUCUUCCAACCUUGCAGCCAAGACUCGACGCGAACAGUGUCUCCCACAGCGCGGGAAGCGCUCACAUGUCACGAAGAUUGUUACGUUGGGCAAGUACUGCAAGUUUGAAGGAUGGAAGGAGCCGAGCGGGAUGAGCGACGGGACGGUCUUUCUCGCGUCGCACUGGUUUGGCUCGUGGGGUGACUGA